AUGGCUGAACAAAGAACCCUAAGGCAGCUUGCUGCUCCUGAUGUCAAUUACAAUGGUCUAUGCAUCCAAUAUACUGACGUUGAUAUUCCUUUUGAAUUGAAAUCUGGUUUGAUACACUUGUUGCCCAAGUUUCAUGGUCUUGCAGGUGAGGAUCCGCAUAAGCAUUUGAAGGAAUUUCAAGUUGUUUGUUCUACACCAUUGAGGCCUGAAGGUAUAACAGAAGAUCACAUCAAGCUCAGAGCUUUUCCAUUCUCGCUCCAGGGUGCUGCCAAAGAUUGGUUGUACUAUCUUGAGCCGAAUUCUAUCACAACUUGGAAUGAUUUGAAGAGGGUCUUUCUAGAGAGAUACUUUCCCGCUUCUAGAGCUGCGUCAAUCAGAAAAGAAAUAUGCGGCAUUAGGCAGGGAAACGAAUCAUUGGCAGAAUACUGGGUAAGAUUCAAGCAGCUAGUUUCUAGUUGUCCUCAACACCAGAUCACCGAGCAAUUACUCAUCCAGUAUUUCUAUGAGGGGUUGCUACCAAUGGAUAGAAACAUUUUGGAUGCUGCUAGUGGUGGAGCACUUGUUGAUAAAACUCCAGCUGCCGCAAAGGCCUUGAUCGAGAACAUGUCACUCAACUCGCAACAGUUUACAACUAGAAAUAAUUCUGCAAGUGUGAAUGAGGUUCAGUCUUCCUCUCCUUCCAUCAAGGCGCUCGAAACCAAGUUUGAUGCUAGAAUUGAUGAACUUACUUCCUUGGUGAAACAGUUGGCAGUUAAUAGACCUCAAAUAGCUAAAGUGUGCGGCAUUUGUACUUCUACUGAACAUCCAACCGACACAUGUCCUAUUCUGCAGGAUGAAACAAUAACUGAGCUACCUCAAGCAUAUGCAGCAGCAGCAGCCCUUUACAAUCAGAACAGGUACAACAAUCCUGACCUCUCCACCAACCAGUAUCAUCCUAGUUGGAGGAAUCAUCAAAACCUCAGAUACGGUAAUCAGUCACAGGCUGCAGCCCCCUCUGCCCCACCAGCCAUCCCUUCACCUUCAUUGGAGGACCUUGUCAAGCAAAUGGCUACAAGUAACAUACAGUACCAACAACGAACAGAUGUUAGCAUUCAGAACUUGACAACUCAGAUGGGGCACAUGACAACACAGAUGGGACAAAUGGCUAAUGCAAUAGGCCAAUUACAAGCUCAGGGCUCUGGUAACCUUCCUGCACAAACAGUGCCGAAUCCGAAUGUGAAUGUGAGUGCAAUUACUUUGCGAUCUGGAAGAGUGUCAGAACCAGCUCCAGAGAAAAAGAAGAAGAAAACCGUUGCAUCAUCAUCUGCUCCUGAACCUCCUUCUGUUACAACUGAGACCGAACCCGAAAAAGAAAGAGUAUAUGUGCCACCAAUUCCUUUUCCUCAAAGGGUGCAGAAAAAUAUCAAGAAGACAGUUGAGGAAGACAAGGAGAUUUUAGAUGUAUUCAGAAAAUGUGCGGUUAACAUUCCUCUCCUUGAUGCAAUUAAACAGAUUCCUAAAUAUGCAAAAUUCCUGAAAGACUUGUGCACACACAAGAGGAAGUUGAAGGGAAAUGAGAGAGUCAGGUUGGGACGAAAUGUUUCUGCUUUCAUUCAGCCCAAAACUGGUUCCUCAGCUAAUGUCUCAGUUCUCAGUCAAACCAUGCCAGAAAAGUGUGAUGAUCCAGGAGUUUUUGCUAUUCCCUGUUCCAUUGGGGAUCACAAGUUUGAAAAUUGUAUGCUUGAUCUGGGAGCAGGUAUUAAUGUUAUGCCUACUUCUAUUUAUAAUAACCUUGAUCUUGGUCCUUUGCAGCCUACAGGUUUAAUCGUGCAAUUAGCAAACAGGAGCAAUGCCCGCCCUGCUGGGAAGAUUUCUACAUUCUAG